AUGAAGGGAAAGAUGAAAGCAGCUUCCUUCUACACCAGCAUGGUCAUUCUGUCGACCGUGUUCGUGUCGGAGUCGUUGUCAGCGACGCUCAUGAUGCCGUUUGUGGGGCUGUUUGUGGCACACUUAGAGAACAUUCCGGCUAGUCAGGCGGGCUACGUCUCUGGCCUCUUGAUUGCUAUAUAUCAGCUCGGCCAGAUGCUGACGGGUAAGCUGUGGGGAACGGCGAGUGACCGGGUCGGGCGGAAGCCAAUGAUACAGAUGGGCCUCCUAGCCAACGUCGUUGCAUCGAUCUUCUUUGGCCUGAGCCCAAAUUUGAAAUUCUGCAUAAUCACACGCUUUAUCCAGGGCUGCGCUAACGGAAACGUUCUGGUUGCGAAGACGGUGAUUGCAGACAUCACCGACAAGGACACCGAGGGUAUCGGGUUUGCUGCGAUUAGCAUUUUCUGGGGUGUCGGCUCUGUGGUCGGGCCGGCGCUGGGCGGAUAUCUCUACAACCCGAGCCAUCACCCCGUACUCGGGCCCUGGCUGUUCACUGACGGGAUGGAGGACAACGACAACAUCUUUGUGCUGCAUCCGGCCCUGCUGCCAUGCGUGGUGAUCAGCACCUUUUCAGCGAUCACGCUCCUCGUGAUUUGGCGAGUAUUACCAGAGACCAGCCGACACCCAGUCGACCCGUUCAUGUCGCUCUUCAUGUCUGCAUGGCACCGAGGGCGCCGUAUGUCCGACUUGGCGAAACAGCGCGGCAUGGGUGCUGCCGGCCGCUCCAACGGCGCCGAGUCGAUAGCCGUGAUCGAAAAUGAAGACGAUGAUGAGAACGGUGUGGCCGAAAAUGCAUGGCAAAACAUCACGGCUGCCAAUGGCUUUAGCGGACACCCCAGGCUGGCGGCUUUGCGUCCGCCGCUUUCGAAAAAGACGUUUCCGUGUACAAACGCGCCGUCGACGCAGGAGAGCCUGAACCAGGCAGCUGCUCUUACUUCGUGGACGAGGGACUCUGUCAGUCAGAGCCCUGUGGCAGGCAUGGGCGGAAGUGCUGGCCGGUACGGCCUCUCGGAGCGGCACACGUCCCGUGCCGCCUCUCACUCCUCUGCCGUGUGCCUGCUAGAAGGUGCGCGUUGCGGCGAGAGCGACGUUCCUGGUCAGCAGCGGCAACUCAGCGACGAUGUGGCUUCGCCCCCACUUCACUGGCUAGAGACGCAGCUCAAGGACAAGACUUGCAGCGAUACGCCGCUUCUGUGUCAAUCUCGCGAAGCUGCAUCCGACAGCGACUUCACAACGCGCACUUUUGAACCGAUGGCAUUCGGUUACCGCGAGGCGCUUGCGCUGCCAACCUCGCGGACCGUGCUGAUCAUCUACAUGUGCAUCGCCUGCACCGAGAGUGCACUGCUGGAGGUGAUUCCGCUUUGGGCAAUUGCGGAGCGCGAAAAAGGCGGCCUUGGCUUCUCUUCGUCCGACAUUGGCGCUCUCCUGUGCAUCUCCUCGAUUGUUUAUAUCGCGGUAAGCUUGGCCUUUAGCCGCAUCUUGAAGUGCCUCAGCGGCGCCACCCGACCGCUAUGGGACUUUUCAGUGCUUCUGUGGUGCACCACCUCCAUCCUUACACCGUGCUGUGCGUACCUGGCAGAUGACUCCACCAUCUUCUACGCCGCCGCCAUCAUCACCUCGACGCGCGAGAUAAGCCUCUCCUGGUGCUACUCGAUUGUGUUCAUGUACGUGGUGCGCAGCGCGCCAGACGAGUGCGCCGGCUCCAUCAACGGAAUCGCUCAGUCCUUCUCCUCGUUAUCGCGCAUGCUGACGAUGUCCGCGAUUCCGCCGAUUUUUGCGUGGUCGCUGAACGGAGUCACGCACCCGUUCCCCUUAAACUAUCACUUAGUCUUCUGGAUUACGUGUGUGCCGCUGCUGCUGAGUUUUGUCCUGUCCUCUAUUCUCCCAGUGCGGGUUUCUGGCUGA